AUGAUGUUGAUCCUGAUCCUGCUGCUCGUGGCCUUUCUCCUGCCCCCUGGGGCUGGGGCUGGUGAGAUAAUCGGGGGCUGGGAAGCCAAGCCCCACUCCAGACCCUACAUGGCCUAUCUGGAAAUACAACAUGGAGUUAGUAGAUCCUUAUGUGGAGGGUUCCUAGUGUCGGAGAACUUCGUGCUGACGGCCGCUCACUGUAAUGGAAAUGAGAUCACUGUCAAGUUGGGAGCCCAUAACAUUAGUAAAGAGGAACGGAGCCAACAAGAGAUCCCUGUGCAUCGUCAGAUCCUCCACCCACAAUACGACAAUAAGACAACUAACAAUGACAUCAUGCUGUUGCAGGGUGACUCUGGGGGUCCCCUGGUGUGCCAGCAAACAGCCCAGGGCAUAGUCUCUUGGGGAUCAAAGUUGGGGACCCCACCCGCUGUGUACACAAGAGUCUCCACCUUCAUCCCCUGGAUACGGAAGACUAUGAGGAUGCUGCAGCCUUGAGCACUGCUGGUAAUUACUGCACGGCCUGGAGGUUCACCACUUCUGUCCUUUGGCUUGGUCCAGAUGUAGAGUCUGCUUUGCAGGGGGGUUGAGUCCCCCCCACCAACCAUUGCUGUGUGCUCAGGCAGCGCCCAACCCAUAAGCAUCAAUGCAGGAAGCCUAGGGGAGUUAGGGUCAGGUUCAAGGCCAGCUUCUGUUGGCUCCCUUGGAAAUCCCGACCCAGACCCCUAGGCUGCCUCUUCACUAGGGAAAGAACUGGUUUUAUUUUCCCCGGGGUAAUGGACACAAGCCAAAUCCAGGGAGGACUCAGCGGUUUGUGCCUCUCCCCCGUGUCAGCCAGUCAGGUGACCGUUUAUGGGAGAUGCUCGUUCUUACCUGACCUGUUAAGUGGUGUUAAAACUGAAGCCUGCCCUGUCCUCU